AUUUACCAACAAAAGAUUUAAAGCAGCGACAAACUCUGAUUUAAAGUAUUUGAACUCUGGUAUCAAAUCAACCCUUCUCCAAAGCAAAUAUUGGAGAGUGUCUCUAUUCUUCUGUUGUUUGUUUAUUUUCCUUAUUAAUUAUGCCGUCUACUUGUUGUGUGAUGAACUGUAGUAGUAGGGCUAGUCGAGACCUUGUUAAUUUCUUUAGAUUACCUGCAAUUCGAAGGUUCAAACACAAAGAAUUAUUGAAUGAGUUGGCUGCGAUCAGAAGAGCCAAGUGGUUCGACAUCCUCAAUUUAAAUGACCGGACAGAUGCACAAUUAAAACAUGCGAGAAUCUGUUCGAGGCAUUUUCAUCAAGGAAAACCUGCAGAUUUGAAGGACACUUCGCAUCCCGAUUGGGUUCCCUCUUGCAAUUUGAUACUUCCGAAAUUCAUAAGGAAAAAAAAAGAGAUAAAGAAAAAACAUGCUCCUAGUAAAUUACCAUCUUCUCAGAAAAAAGCAAAGCAGAGUUCUAAAACUCAUUACAAGAAAAAAGUGCAACCUCAGCAAAAAGAAACAGUGGUAAAAAGAAGAAGACGGAGAAAUAAAAAACAAACAAAAAAAGUCAAUAAAAAAUACACUGAAGAAAAAGGUGCAAAAAUUGACUUUGAAACCAAAAAACUUGACUCAGACACUGAAACUGCUGAUGAAUUUGGUGAAGAAUCUGAAGACUACAGAACUCAUACAAAUCAGGUGAUAGAUGCUACGAAACAGUUUUUGGAAACUGGAGGAAACGAGAUUUCUGUUGUUUAUUAUGACAAUGAAGACAAGGUUACUGCUGAUGAAGAGGAGCUAGACUUUCCUAAGACAUUGGAUAUUGAAUUAUUGGAUACUGAAUCUUCAGAGGAAAUUUUACAAAUGCGUUUUAAUACAGUUUAUGUUAGAGAAACUGGGUCAAAUUAUCUAGCAAACAGAAUGGUUUCAGAUGAUCAAGAACCUAAUGACACUGAAAACACAGGAAGUGGAUCAAAUUAUUUUGAGAACUCUGUGUUUCUAGAUGAUCAGGAGUCUAGCGACACUGAUAGCUCGAUUACGCAUGAUUUUUUGAAUUUCGAAGAUGUGAUGUCUGCAGGUUUAAUAAACCAUAAUUCCCUUUGUUUAAUAUGUAAUGGAAGUUGUAUUACUUCGAGAAAUUCAAUACAGAUAUUCAAUGAGGAGACCACAACUUGCUCUGAAAAACCAUUGAUAGCUAUUCUAUCCAGAGUUUUGGAUAAGGAUAUCACCGUACAAUCUGUACACUCUAAAUUGAUAUGCAAAAAAUGUUUCAAAUUAUUUGAUGAACUAGAUGAACUGGAAAUGAGAUGUGAUGAGAUAAGAGGAGAACUUAUAAGGAAUUAUAAGCUUUCUAGUCAAAAAAAUUCUCUAGAAAAUUCAGAUUUGAAGGAGAGAAGUGAAAAUUUAUCUGAUAAAGGAAAACCACCUUCAGGAAAUAAUAAAAAUUUUUUAUCAUCAAGGACUUCUCACAAGAAUGAGGGUCAGAGCAAACAAAAUUUGCCUACAAUCGAAGACAUCGACGAGGAACUCUUCCAAAUACAAAAGGAAAAAGUUGAUAAUGAGUUAGACCAAUCUGAUAAUUCUGAAUCUGACUUUAUGCAAUUAAGAGAUGACGUUAUCGAUGAGGGAGCUUUAGAACAUAGUUCAGAUUCGGAAUAUGAUCCAUCGUGCAUUCAAGACACCUCAGAAGAUUUGGAAGAACGUCAGAAAAGUAUCACAAGCCAAGAUUUGAAGAAACCGAAUAUAUUGAAGAAAGCUGCCUUGGAUAAUUUGAAACCUGUGAAAGAGGAGUUUGAAGUUAUUGUUUCUAGAGAUGGUGAUGAUUACACAUGUUCAGUUUGCGAAAAUGAGCCGUAUGUCGGUGAUCGUAAAACUAUAAUAACGCAUAUGAAAACGAUCCAUAAUCUCAGGUUGUACAUUUGCGAUGUUUGCGGUUUAGAUUUUAGGAAACGGAAUGAAUUGUCAGCUCAUUUGGAUGAACAUGUGGAGAUGGAAGAAGGCGACUUCCAAUGUGAAAUUUGCAAUAGGAUUUUCAGCAAUUUGAGGUUAUUCAGGAUACACAAGAGGAUGCACGCGCCCCAGCACAAGGCGUGGGAAUGCGAAGAAUGCGGAAAGAAAUACAGUUCCAAAAAUCUCCUCGAUGAACACCGUAACAUACAUUCCGGCGUUCGACCGUAUGUUUGUGAUAAAUGCGGCAAAGACUUCGCCUCUAAGUAUACUUUCAAGGCUCACGAAAAAACGCACGAGAUCAGACCCCGUCCCUAUCUGUGCGGACAGUGCCCCAAAACGUUCCUCAGUCAGCAGAAUUUGACGCAGCACGAACGAACCCACCUCGGGAUCAAAGAGUAUUCCUGUCAUCUGUGCGGGAAGCAGUUCGGAUCGGCCCAUAAUCUGGAGGUGCACUCGAUAGUCCAUACGGGGUACAAGCCGUUCGCCUGCGGCCUGUGCGGGAAGGCGUUCGCCAGGAAGGCCGAGAUCAGGGACCACGAAAGGACGCAUACCGGAGAGAGGCCUUUCCAGUGUGAGUUCUGCGGUGCGAGGUUCAGCCAGCGCAGCAACCUCCAAUCCCACAAGAGGGCCACCCAUUACGACGACAAGAGGCACAAAUGCGAACAGUGCGGAAAGGCGUUCAAGAGGAGACGUCUUCUGGAUUAUCACCUGAAGGCCGCCCAUACCGGCGAACGACCUUUCAAGUGCAAUAUCUGCGACGCCACCUUCGUUUAUCCGGAACAUUUCAAGAAGCAUCGCAGGAUUCAUACCGGUGAGAAACCUUUCUUGUGCGAAGUUUGCGGGAAAGCCUUCAACAGCCGCGAUAACAGGAACGCGCACAGGUUCAUCCACUCCGACAAGAAGCCCUACGAAUGCCUGGUAUGCGGCACCGGCUUCAUGAGGAAACCCCUCCUCUAUCAACACAUGCAAGCUCAAGGUCACCUGAACGAUACCAUAGUGGUCAAUCAGCCACGUCUCACCACGGACGACGACCAAUUGGUGACGGUCAACGAGGAGGGCGAGAUGGAAAUAGUCGAUCCGAGCGUGAACCCCGAGGACUCCAAGUUGUACAUAGCGGAACACAUAUUGGCCGAGGAGGAGUUGGUGGAGAGGGAGGAAGACGGUCAUAUAGAGCAUAUUAUUAUAGACGGUCAACAUAUCACUUUUAAAGAGGGCGAGGCAGAGUAUGCCACCGGCGAUCUGGAAGAAAUCAUCCAGGGUAGUAUUUUAUCGGAAGGUGAGACUCAGAUAGUUCAAACGGAGGAGGGGCCCAUGCAGCUGGUUAAGGUGAGGAUACCGGACGAGAAUGGGGGCGAGCAGGAGGCCUGGGUCAAGUUGAUGUCGGAAUAGUUAUCUGUAAAUAUUAUAUAAGUUGUACAUAUUGUAAGUUGUUGAGAUUUGUAUACAUGUAGGUUAAUCCGAAAAUUGAAGUUUGAAACCAAAGAGACUUUGCUUCGAUGAGUAUUCCUUUCUAAAUGUUUUAAUAUAAUUAUAAGUUUUA